GCAACCGUACAGCAGGAAUUAUCAUCGCAACACGAUGCAUCUGCCAGGGGGAUCUAUCGCAAAAGGCACGGGUGCGUGUAGGAUAGGCAUGUCGAGGCUUCUCCCUCAUGCGAUGCGACGUACUACCACUGUCUUGCCUUGCUUCCGGGGCACCUCCCGAUACUCGACAAGAGCCUGCGGAAACACAGGCAGAAACUCCCGCAUCACGAUUUACUCGUUAUCCUCUGCUCCAAACACUACUAUGUUAACAGCAGUGUCUCUUCGAUCGUGUCGCCAAACAAGGGAUUUCUCCUCCGCAUCACAAAAUGAGCGGCCAAAGGCAGAUGACUACAUCCAAGAACUCCAAGAUUUGUCACUUGAAAUCGCCGCUGAAUCUACAGCUGCCGCGACCAUCUAUGCCGUCUCCGAUCGUAUUUCCCUGCGCGAAGCUUUUGACGACCUCGACCAUGCCUACUCAGCUUACACAGGCACUACACCGCAUCCAUCACGUCUUGAACGACCUGCCAACGCGGGACCGGCAGGAAAGGAAGAUGGGGCAAAAGUGUUUGGGGAGGGAGGGGAGGGAAGGGAGGGAGACGGAGGACGGCCGAAUGGUAGUAGUAUGAAUUUUAACCCGGCAGAGGUCCCGGAUGAAGUUCGGGAGGAGAUUAAGAAGAGGAUUGGGCGGAGGAUUAGGGAGCUGAGGAACGCAGUAGAGCAAUUGGAAGAGAGCGUUACGCAUUUUAACCCUGCGGCUUUGGCAUUAAAACGGCAGCAACCAGAACAACAUACCCUAAGUCAUGGUGAACAUGGUCAGGUGGAAAAGCUUCGGCAGUGGCGCCAACGUCUGAACCUGAACCAGAAAGAAAGAAGGAAUCCGUCCGAAUAUUGCAGAGAAACAUGCCUGAUCCCCCAUAGGUUGUUUUUGCAAAUGCAUAUGUUAGAACCAUGUUACUCAUGUCAAACUUUUAUUGCAAUCCCAUUUAUUAUUCGCCCCUGUAGCAUAACUUGUCGACAGUGA